UCAAUGGACUCAUUUAUUUAUGGUAUGAAUGUCAGUGAUAUAUUUUCCUGUCAUCAUGGAUAUGUUCUUCGAGAAAAAUUGUGUGUGGAGUGUGCAGCUGGCUCUUACUAUGAUGCAAGUGAAAAAAGUUGCAAGUUGUGUCCCCUGAAUACCUACAGCCUCACAAGCAAACAGACUGCUUGCACUCCAUGUAGUGGCUCUAACAACAUUACACUACAGGAAGGCAGCAACAACAUAAGUGAUUGCAAAGUGCGAUGUGAAAAAGGUCAGAUGUUGGAAAAUAACAUAUGUGUACCUUGUCCACCAAAUUUCUACCAAGAUCAAACAGGCAAACAUUAUUGCCUCCCUUGUCCUGUGCACACAGCUUCUACAAGUUAUGGCUCCCAGAGUGUCUCAGACUGCAAGGACAUUUGCCCACCAGGGACACAACUAAACAGCAGCAUUAACCAAUGUGACCUUUGUCCAAGAGGGACAUACAGGGAUGGAACUCUACAAGACCAGUGCAAGAGUUGUCCAACCAAUGCUACAACUCUUAAAGAAGGGAGCGAAUCUAGUGACUCAUGCAACAUCCCUCUGUGUCAACCUGGUCAAUUUGCAAACGUGACGACCUUGGAGUGUGAAAAUUGUUCUAUAGGCAGCUACCAGCCAGAGGAAGCUGCAUUGAGCUGUCACUCUUGUCCAGACAACCAUACAACAGUCUAUGAAGGGACUCAAAAUAGUGACCAAUGUAAAUUUGUGUGUCAAGCACCUGGCCAGGAAAUAAACCCAGCCAACUCCUCUACAUGUAGGCUAUGUUUACGAGGCUAUUACCGCACAGGUGGAUUUGAUGAGAGAUUUGCUAACUGUACAAAGUGUAGCGGAGAUAACACAACAGAUGUUGAAGGAGCUACAAACUCUGCUUACUGUAACAUACCCAUCUGUAGUGCAGGCCAACACAUCUCCAAUAAUAAAUGUGAGGCUUGUACACAUGACACAUACCAGCCAAUGGAUGAACCUUAUUCCACCACCAACUGUACUCGUUGUGGUGAUGGGUUGGGGACUGUAAAUAUUGCAAGCACCCAUAAAGAUAACUGUACAUCCUUCUGUCAGCCUGGGUAUGGUAAAAAUGGAAGCGACUGUCAGCUUUGUGAUAGAGGAACAUGGAACAAUGGGAACACAUCACUCAGGUUUGAGAAGUGUCAGCAAUGCCGCACCAACUACACAACAGAAGUUACAGGAGCUACUGACUUGGCCAAUUGCACACUACGCAAGUGUGAACCUGGUUAUAAAAUAGUGGGAGACGAUUGUAUCCAAUGUCCAGUUGGUGAAUAUCAACCAGAGUCUAAUAACGACACUUGUCUCAAAUGUCGUAAUGGGACAAGUACCAACAGUACAGGCAGCACCAAUGAAACAGACUGUACAAUUUUCUGUGGGGCUGGGCAGGAAGGAACUGAAAAUGACACAUGUGUGAACUGCUCUGAUGAUGAAUUUAAAACAACAGCUGGCUAUGGCCCUUGUGAAAUGUGUACUGGUGACUUCACAUCUACACCAACUAACAGAACAGCUUGCACUCAAGUACAUUGUGAUAAAGGGAGAGAAUUAAAUAACACUACUUGUCAAAACUGUCAAAUUGGAUUUUACAAGGAUUUUCGAGGAAAUCAGAGUUGUGUCCCUUGUCCUGCAAACCACACAACUAUUAGCGGUGGUUCAACACAUAAAAACAAUUGCUCUGUUGUGUAUUGUGCUCCUGGCUUCUAUUCUUCUGACAACAAGUCUUGCCUGGCAUGUGAUGUUGGUUUUUACAAAAGUACACCAGGAAAUGAGGCAUGUACUCAAUGCCCAGCUAACUGGACCACUCAUGAGAUAGCCAGCAACAGCAUAUCUCAGUGCUCACUAGUGCUGUGUCCCUUGGGUUAUGUUCGUCUCAACAACAGCCAAUGUAGACCUUGUGAGAAGGGAAGCUACCAGAAUGGCAGUAGUCAAACCCAGUGUACACAUUGUGGGCCAAUUAAUGGAUACAACACAUCAACCAACAACACAGCAUCACAAAAUGAGUCUUAUUGCUUUCCUGUGUGUCCAGAGGGAAAAAUUGUGAAUAUAUCAACCAGGUCAUGUGACCAAUGUCCAUACGGUUCUUACAAAAGCCACAGUGGCCUUGACACAUUCUGUACCCGGUGCAAGGAUGGCUGGACCACUGGAGUGUUGGGUGCAACAAGUGAAGACGCCUGUAAAAUUGAAAUCUGUGACAAGGGAUUCUACAGACCAAACAGCACAGCUGCUUGCAAGAAGUGUCCAUUUGGAACCUACCAAGAUCAGCGUGAUUUUAAAGAAGUAGGAGAGUGUAAAAAAUGCCAAGACAACGAGACAACUCUUAUGGAGGGGGCCACAAGUCUUGCUUCCUGUAUUCCCCUGUGUAAGGCAGGUCAGGAGUAUAAUUUAAUCAGUAACAACUGUACAAGUUGCCCAGUUGGACAGUACAAAGGAGAAAAUGAUUUACCUAGUGUGUGUAAAUAUUGUCUACAAAAUGAAACUACAAGUUCACAUGGUGCUGUUAGAUGUAUAUCUUCAAUAACAACCCCCCCUCCAUCCUAUAAGAUAAAUGUGACAGUAGAUGUAUUUGCAACAGUAACCUGUGACAACCCUGAGCAGACCAGGGGAGCCUUAACUAAAGCACUAAUUGACAUGAUCAGAAGCGCCAGAAAACUGUAUUACUCAGACUUGUGCCCCACAGAUAGUUGUGCCAAUGUCGUUGUAGUCAUGGUAAAGUUCUGCGACACACAAACUGUCAAACGUCAAGCUAACCGAAAUGCACAGGCGUCAGUCACAGUACGAGAGCUGGACUCCAGAUUGAGGAACAUACUGUAUAAUUUUCACAGAAGUGCAAUCAGUGCUGUGCUAGAGGCACUCCGUGAUCACUCGUCUGUGGAAAAUAUUUUGGCAGUAAAUCAGAUUAUCUUAGAAUUAGCUCGCCUGGUAGGAUGCCCUACAGGAAACAUUAUGGAGAUCACUUUUACUUGCAGACACUGUCCCAUUGGCUACUUCUCUUCCAACAAUGUCUGUGUGCCAUGUAGUAAUGGUAGCUACUCCACACUUCCUGUUUCUGACAAAUGCUUGCAGUGCAAUGCAGGAGAAACAACUGAAAAACCUGGAUCAAGUAAUAAAUCUGAAUGCAUAGGUAUCUGUAAGGUAGACAACAAGUACUGUGGGAGUAAUGGGGAAUGUAUCACACAAGAUGGGAAAUACCAGUGUUCCUGCAAUGAAUACUAUGAAGGUCCACAGUGUGCAGUGAGGAAACCAUCAGAAGACAGCAGCAUUGGCGUCGUGGUUGGUGUGAGUGUUGGUGUUGGCGUUCUGCUUCUCCUGGCACUUCUCAUAGUGGGGAUCUGUUUACUUAGAAAAAAAAGGCAAAGAAAGUCGCAGCCAAGUAUUGCAUCCACCCAGGAUUUUGUCAACAACACCUAUCCCUACAUGGGGGGUCCGGUCAUGAUGAUGGAGAACCCUGCCUCAGGUAUGAUGGACCCCACCAUGUAUGGCACAGAACUGGUGCCAUUCUACGGGCAAGAAUCUCACCUCUACAGAUCUGAAAAAAGGUAUUCAUCUCACGAUUCUGAGGAUGAUAUGAGAAAUUUCAGCUUGUACAGAAAAGACAGAAACUAUUGAGACAAUAAUUGGGUGUUCACUGUUGACUAUUAAAAUAAUUAUUGUUAUAAUAUUGAAAUAUUUUUUUUAAAAUAUCUGGAUUAUAUAAACUAUUAUUAUUGUUAACCUAUUGAAAAAAUAUUGUUUGUAUUUAUUGGACUAUUAAAACAGUUUAUGUUUCUGAAGGAGACUAGCGAUAUCAUGUUCUUUUGAGCAAAUUUAAACAAUUAUAAUUUUUAUUAAUGGACUACUGUAACAGAAAUUAACAUGUUAAAAUAACACAAAGAUGCACUGUGUAAAUAAAACUUACAUAUACU